UGACAAACAAAAGACUAGAAUAAUAUAUUAAAUUUUGAUUGUCAAAUGCAUUACUUUUUUAAUUAACUAUUUUACAAAUUUUGACCAAUAUAAUAUAAUAAACACAAUUUUUUGAAGUUUACAUUUUAUCAUUAAAUAAUGUAUUAAAAAUGUAAAAAGUAUUUUAACCAAAAAAUGUAAAAAAUGUAUUUUUUGAAAUAUUUUAAUUCUUGUAAAACAUAGAUAUUUUGGAAUGGAAAGAAUGUUUAUAAAAAAAAAAGAUAGAAAGAUAUAUAUAAUAGAUAUAUUAUGGUUUAUGGUUGAUAUAUUGGUGAAGCAUCCAAGAAACUCCGGAACAUCUUUUAAAUAUUCGCAAAGAAUACUCCUAUAUGACAUAUCCGAACAAGCUGUAUUCUAUAUGUCAUUCAGCUUUUUUUUCUUCUCAAUAGUCAAUACCCACAGAUUGUGUAUUAGCUUUUAUUUAAAAUAGAGAAAUAAAGGAUAACUAUUAACUAAAUCUGUCGUUGAAUUGAAUAAAAAUUGAAUUCAGGAACUGACUAGUAGUCAUAAUCCAUAUCUGAAAAAACACAAGACGAGUUUCUCAUAACUAAUCAAAUGCAAUCGCUAAUUAAAAAUUAAACAUACUAACAACUUACAUAAAACCACGGGAAAAUCGUAAAUGAUAUACAACGAUCGCGUGUUUUUUUUUCCCAACAUUUUAACAAAUCAACGUGCUACACGUGGACUACCAACCAAAGCAGGCCGUUAUUUUCAGGAAAAAGGAAGGAUCACAGCUCCGUCGCUUUAUCUAUCCACCCACCCACCCACCCAAUAUCUCGUCGUCUUCCGUUGAUCAUCUUCUUCUUCUUCUUCUCAUCAAUCAAUCAAAAGAGAGACUCUCGUGGAUUCAGAAUCUCUCCUUCCGUCAAAUUCAUAUUCUUACUCUCUCUCUAUAUAUAUAUAUACAAGGAGUUGCUGAUGGUAGAGAGCUAUAGUAACCUCUCGUGGCUCGUAUGGAUCCAAAUGUUCGUCUUCUUCCUCCUCCUACUCCUCCUCUGCGUCUUCGGAUUGUUAUCCUCAGAGAGCAGUGUCUCAUCAUCCGCUGACUCACUUCCUUCUACGUCCGCCUCUCGGAGGUUUCUUUCUGGAGAUCCGAUUCCGAUCAGCCACCACCAUGGCUUGGGGUUCUCCGUAGUACAGUCUAAUCAGAUGGGAACUUCUCAGGCCAUCAAAGGAGAGAUAGCACCAGCUGAAACAAGGAGAGUCACGAGAACAGAGGAAGAAGAAAGUUCUUCUGAUGAAGAUUCGACUAGUAGUAGUAGUUUGUAUCAUCCCUGUAAUUUGUUUCAGCUUGCUGGAACUGCAUUCCUUAAGUGUUUUGGGCUUGACCGGAGUACACAAGAAACUGAUGAUUCUCUGAGACCUGAAUCUAAGAAACAGAGGUGAUCCAAGUUCUUGUGAAUAUAGAAGAAGAACAUACACGUUUUUUAUACGAGUUGUUGAUGCGUAGCAUUUGUUGAUUAGGAGAGAAUGAAGAAACAUGUAAGUACAUAUAUGGAAAGGUUAUAUUGUUGGGGUUAACAUGAACGAGUUAACUCAGUGAAUAACUGUGGUUUAAAUAUUUUAAAUGCGGUUUAUAUCGGUGGUACAUCUGAAAUCUUCCGACCGCAUGUCAAUUUAUGUUCAAAAUAAAUCGAUUGCUAUUA